AUGCCCCAGGCCGAGGGACACACUAUCUCCGCACCACAAGAACCAGAACCCCGUGUCCCAUUGCAUUCGAGAAAAGACCUCAAGUCCGGCAAUCUGGACUUUGACGCCCGCGUUCCCAUCCCCUUCAGUGUCUUCCCGUCGUCGUACCGGAGUGACGCUGUCUCUGAAACUACUCAGACGAGAGUAGAGGGAGAAGUCAAUUUCGAUCGUCCUUCGCGCGUCGAACGGGAAGAUACUAAGGGUUCUGCUCCCCUUCCCGGCCCUCGUGUUCAAGGAAAGGAAGAGUUCGUGAUCAAGGAAGAGCGUCCUCAUUUCCACGAAGAGCACCCUCCGUUCCAAGAGCGUCCUCAAUACCAGGAGCGUCCUCAGUACCAAGAAGGCCCUCGCCAGGACUAUUACCAGCGAACGGAAGAGUUCCAAGCCCCGCUUGAGAUCUCUCGCACAAGCUACCCCAACUAUCAACAGUCCUAUUACCAGGACCGUACCCAAGUCUACGACCAGGUCAAGGAGAACCAACUCGACCUCACCGAGCGUGACAUUCGUCGAAGCUUCGCUGCUGAUCGUGCCCCUGUGUACGAGUCCCUCCCCGUCGGUUCCUAUUCUCAACGUGAAGGCUCCGCCUACGGUUUGCCCACUGCUGUCUACGACCGGCCCCGCCAGUCCCAGAUAGAAGAGUACCAGUCCCAGGACUACCAAUCCAACGACUACUACACUCGUGAGGCCCAGCCCUCCCGAUCCCGUUACUCUCAGUCUUCGGCUCCCACCGAAGUCAAGGUCUCUCAAUCUACCGUUCGUGAAACCACCCCAACUCGCAAGAUGGGUUACUACGACGACGAGGGUCAGUACCACUCCUUCCGUCGCGGCGUUCAGCGCGCUGCCGACCACAUCCUGCACCCCCACCACCACCACCACCAUGAGCGCGAGGAAACUUACGCUGGCGAAGAACCUGCCCCCAAGCAGCUGUCCGUAUUGUCGAGCCCCGCAACCGCGGCACCGUUGGGUCGCCCCUGCCAGGUCAUCCGUAUCUCGGUCUCCCCCCAGACCGGCCAGCACCGUUACCUCGGUGUCGACCUCUUCACCCGCAAGUUGCAGGAGGAGUCCAGCUUCGUCGCCAACCCCUCUCCCUCCGUGGUUGUUCAGACCAUGCUCGGCCCUGUCUUCAAGACCUACCGAAUCUUGGACCUCCGUGAUGACAACCGCCUCGUUGCCAUGACCGAGUCCGGUGAUGUUAAGCAGGGUCUCGAUGUCAUCACCCAGGGCAGCCUCUUCAAGCGUAUCAGCGAUGCCUUCGCUGAUGGCCGUGGCUCCGUCCGCGCCCUCGUCAUCAACGACGGUGGCCGUGAGCUUGUCGUUGACUACAAGGUCAUCCACGGCUCCCGCCUGUAA